AAGCAACAAAUGUUUCCUUAAAAAAUGUGAUGGUUAUAGCUCUUGAAGCACAAGAAGAGACUACAGUGACCAGUCCCAAUAAUGAUUCUAAGAUAGAAGUCUUCACAGUUACUGAUAAUGAAGCCAAGCACAGUGGAAAGGGCAAGGAGGAAAUAACUACAGUGGACUGUAACAAAUCACCAUCUCAAACAUGCAAUGAUCAAAUGCAGGGUGACGGAUCCUGUGCAACUGCUUUGGAGGAGCAACUGGGUGCUAAGGAGAACUCUCCGUGUAAUUUGGAGAGAAACCGAGAAACCAGCCACAAAGAAUGCAGCAUUGUGAACAUGCCUUACGUCAAGGAUGUCAGAAAGGAGGCAGCAGCGGUGUUACCGGCCAAAAAGAAGCGACGGAUGGGCAUGUGUGGUCUGACAGAGAAGGAGCGGAGUCACUUUCUACAGACACAAAAGCGUGAAAACGGUCAGAACGGACCAGAGAGAGCUGAGAAGCAGAUGUGUAAUAACACAGCUGACCUUGUGGCUCAGGAAGAGAUUAUAUCUUCACCCCUUUUGCCAUUCUCACUAUCCAUUCCAGAAGGCAGUCUUACAGAGCGGAACAAGGCAGAGAUAACACUUCAGUCCAGUCACUGUGGAGGAGAUGACAGGACACAAACUGAAGUCUACAUUGCUGUCACUACCUCAGAUGGGACCAAUACUGUGUGUGAUCCAGGCUGUUCAAAGGGAGAGAGUGGGGAGGCUGAAGGAGACAUGGUGCUUGAUCCGGAAGAAACUGGUGAUAGAAAGUCAGAUCCAUCCACAGAGGAUGAGCCUUUCGGGAACCAGGAGCAGCAGGAACCAGAUGGACAUACAGCUGAGAAUAUGGCUGAUAAACCUCAGGAACAAAUGAAGGAUAGGGGGGAUGGGUCAGCAGUAGUAGACCAAAGUCUUGCCAUCGGUUUUUACCCUAAUCCAAAACAAACUGAGAACCAGGAUGUGAUGGAGGCUGCCCCUGUGCAGGAGAAUGCUGUGACCAAGCCAAGAGAUGAGAAGAAUGGAGAGCUGAUUUGUGAUGAUGAGGACGGCGACGGAGCUGAAGCAGGUGCUUCAUCCACAGACACCCGGUCAGGAGGAUUCAGCUGUGGCUCUGUGGAGCUCUGCAAGGCUGCAGUGUCACCUGGUGGCUCAGGGAGGAAAGACAGUACCACCACUGACCCUUUUGGAUCUGGGCACUUGGACUAUGUGUCGGACUCUCAGCUGAACACCAUCGCUCUGAGUGAAGAGGGGGUGAUGGAGAGGGAGGAAGAUCUUGGUUCCCUGGACUGUCAUGAUGCUACAGACCUGGUCUGUGGUCUCAUCAGAGAACUCUCCUCUCUAAAUCGAACAGUCAUGGCCACUCAUAGAGAGCUGGAGAACCUGCACCGCAGCAGUAAAAGUUCAAGGAGCUCAAUAAGCUGAGGGCUUGUUUCAAGUCCCUGCCACCCUGAUCUUACUUUUGCCCCAGUGGAUUGUGGGUAAUGCAAGCACUU